AUGCUGUUGUGUCUAUGGCGCUCUCGAAUGAUCAAUCGACAGAAUGACGUUGGUCAUGAACCUUGCAUCUGUCAGUCACCGAGUGGUCAUCGGUUUUUGUCGGCGAUCGCGCGGUGCAUGCUUCACGAGCCGCCAGACCGGGUGACAGACGUACGGACGAAGAUGGAUAACCCUGCGCUGCUCUCGCAAAUGCGCCUUGCCUUGACUGCGCCAAAACAGGUCGAGAGGAGUUGGGUUUCUGACCGGUUUAGAGGUCGGAAGUCACUCGCUUGGUCACUAGAGAAAGAUUCGUCGUCUCAAAUAACCAAAUUUGAUUUAAGCGUCAUCACGACUCCUUUGGCAUUAGGCUGGCUCAUGUUUGACACCGAGUCAUUUGUCAUUAUUCGAAGUCGUGUAGUGAUCGAUUCUCGCAUCGAUGACGAACUGCACGCAGCAAAGAAACAAGAUCUGUAA